AUGGGUCCUCCGGCUGAUUCUUUGUCUGGGCGGUUCGGAGUGAUUGGAUCAGGCGUGAAUGAUGUGACGAACGAUAUCGCCGAAAUUCAGAAAGGACUGGACGAGAUCGACAGCCCUCGCCUUGAACGCAACAAGGAACGAGCUCGGAGGCGUGCCGCAGGUGAAGAGAGCGUCUCGGACGAUGAGCAGGAAACGGAAGAUGUAAUUCGUUACCGGAGGUUGAUCGACGUAGUCAAACGCGCCCGGGCCGCUCAAGAAGGGGAACUGGCGAGUGGGACAGGCGAUCCUGCACAGACGACCGCCUCCACCACGGGAAGCGGAGCACAGUCGGCUUCGAGAGUCCCGCAGACGUCCUCGACGACCACAUUCCCUACCCCUAUUCCUCCGGUACUUCCUGCGCAUCUGAAGUCCAACCCAUUCAAUGAUGCGGCGGUACUCGCUAAUACCUUCAACACAAUCGACGACUCCAUCACUUCCCACCUCCAAGCGCUCGCGUUUAACAGUAUCUCCUCACCGCUCACCUUGUUCCAGACCGACUUCAUCUCCCGCCUCAGGAAGGGACAAGGGCUGAAGUUCCAGCCCCUGGGACAUGGGGACAACGCGAAGCCGAGAUUGCUUGACUGGGAGACGAUGAAGGCCGACGAUGAGCGGCAUACGGCGCGCGACCAAUGGCAGACAGCAUAUAACACGUUCCUCCGCUUCAUUGCCUCUCUCGCCGACCCCGGACAAGGAGACGCAAUCUCGGAGGGAUGGGCGAGGCACUACAACCGCAUGAUAUCCGACCCCGACUUCAUGCCCCAGUUCCCUGCGUUCCGCGACUUCAACAUCGAUAUGCGUGCUCAGUUCUUUCAACGGCGCUUCGUCGUGAAUCCUGACGACCCGAAGUGGGAGAGUAUGCUCAACUCGGCGAAGAUCCGACAUGCCCGCGAUCCGAUUGCUGCUCCCCUCCCCUUCACACCUCCCUCGGCAUCCUCCCCUCCGCGGCUCUCUCGCUCUCUCCCUCCCCCUCGACCGCAUCCUUACGUGCAGUCCUUUCGAGAAGAACCGCUCUGCCUCCGAUGUGGCCUACCCGGACAUCGCGCAUCUGCAUGCGUCGCCACGACGCCCAGCAAGCCUGGGCGCCAGUUCUUCGUCGACUGCAGCUUCGGGCGCAUCGUCACGAAGGAUGAUAGGCACGUCUGCGUGCGCUACAACCUCGGCAAGUGCACCUCCACCCCAUCCGUUGGAGCGCACGGCGCCCACAUCUGCUCGCUCUGUGGUGCAAAUCACGCCGCCACCCAGUGCACUCGUAACUGA